AAAUUUUUUAUUUUUUUGGCAGGUUGCUCACAAAUAUUUGUGAAGAGGUUUAUAAGUACUUUUUUAAGCAUGUCAUUAUAAGUACUUGUGUGUGUGUGUGUGGGGUGAAACCUUUGUGUCCAAAAUGGCACUCGCUGCACUGUGCCAAAGUGAUAUGAAUAAAUGGCCCUUGGGGUCUGGAAGAAGGAAUCUAGAAGCAGAUCAAGAUUGGAGAGAACAUGAAAAGCAUCUGGAUAAUUUGACUGCACUCCACAUCCCCAUGAUGCAACAUGCUCAGGGGCAGCCUGUUCUCCAGACUCUCAAUAAAGAUGAAUCUGGCCGGACCAUCAAGAUCCAUUUUGAUCAUGGGACAACAACACUUGGAUUCAAAUACCAAGGUGGAGUCAUCCUAGCAGUAGAUGCCAGAGCCACUGGUGGCACCUAUAUUGGCUCCCAAAAUGUGAAGAAGCUGAUAGAAAUCAAUGACUACCUUGUUGGCACCAUGGCUGGAGGUGCUGCUGACUGUGUCUACUGGGAGCGUGUGCUGUCAAAACAGUGCCGCAUCUAUGAACUCAGGAAUAGGGAGCGAAUUUCUGUUGCUGCUGCCUCCAAGCUUUUGGCCAACAUUGUGUACAACUACAAAGGAAUGGGUCUAUCCAUGGGUAUCAUGAUUGCUGGCUGGGACAAAUUGGGUCUUGGGCUGUACUAUGUGGACAAUGAUGGGCAACGUGUAGCCGGGCAAGUGUUUUCUGUUGGUUCAGGAUCUGUCUUUGCCUAUGGUGUCCUUGACUCUGGAUUCAAGUGGGAGAUGCGCGAUGAAGAAGCUUAUGCCUUGGCACGCAGGGCCAUCUAUCAUGCCACUUUCAGAGAUGCUGCCAGUGGUGGUAUGAUCACAGUUUAUCACAUCAAGGAAACUGGCUGGGAGAAGAUCUCAUCCGAGGAUUGCAAGGAUCUUCACUAUCAGUUUGAAGAUGAAAAGAUGCAGUGAUGUUAAAAUUUCUUCCUCUCGGGAUUCUGCAGUGGUAAAUUUUCUUAAAUUGUGGCGGAAUCGUCAGGAGGUUUAAUGCUCCAAUUUGUACAGUUUUCCAUGGGAAGUGAAGCAAGAAUCCAUUCAUGAGACAAAUUUGACUCUUGAAAUUGUGACAUUGUGGAAUCAGUUUCGGGAAUUUGUGUUUGUGGAAUCGACAGUGGAAUCAACAGUGUGUAAUGUACCAAGCUAUUCAUGAAGCCAUUUCAAAUGGUAAGAAGUUCUAUUUCCAAGUGAUACUAAUGUUGAAGAAGGCAAUAUACAAGGAACUUGAAUCUCUGUCCACCUAUUUAUCAUUGUGGCAGAGGCACAUAUUCACAUGGAUUAGUGAUGCAUGGACCAGAACUUGGUGAGUGAUCAGAAAAAUGUUGCUUCAAAUUCCACUAUCAAUUUGUGACUUGUGUGAAUUUACCCAAAGUUAGCGAAGGUUUCUGUUUGACUCUGAAUAAGCUUAUUCAUGCUACCUUUCCUUUUGCACAUCAGUAGCAGUUGUCCUCAUGGGGCCACAUCAGCAUCAAUUAGGAGAGUGAAAUUCCUGAACUCAACAGCUACAUGCCUUAUUGUAUUACCUUGUUUGGAUGUUUUGUAAUGAGUCCCUUGGAAAUUGUUUGAACUUUGUACAUAAAUCAUACUGAAACCUCUGUAACAGGAAACCAUGGUAUCACUCUGAUUCUUGAUGGACCAGCAAGCAGUAGGAAUGCCUGCUUGGGUCAAGUAGCUUCAAUUCCUAGCCAUGUUUCAAGGAUUGAGUGAAAUUUAUCAUUUCUGAAUGAGCUUUCAAGGUAGUUUUGAUUUUCAUAUCUUCUUUAACUUGAUUAAUUUUUCAAGUCAGUGUUGUAUAGCUCCAUCAAAUUUUUAUUUAGUGUGGAAUUGUCAUUUUGGUGCAGUUUUCACCAUCCUUGCACUUUCUGAUCCGUGCAACAUGUAGGAUACAUACAUGCAAAUGUGCGAAUCAUACAACAUGUGCGUUUCAUACAACAUAUGUAAAACUUGCUGCUUGUGAAAAAUGUGAUCUAACCUGUAUUUAUGGGUGUUUAUGGGUUUAUUCAGUGGUCGAGGGUAUACUUUUAUAACUUGUACAUACAUGGUUUCCUGGAAUGCCUUUGGUGUAUUAAAUAAAAUCUUUUGUUUAGCAUUGUGGUUGUUCUUGACGUUAAUUUUUCAACGGCUGUAUCUUGUAUCACUUGGCUAUUGCGUGGUGAUGCCAGAAAUUUUGCAUCGAUUCUUUCACUAAGUUCUGUCAAGGAAGUUGUUGGUGUCAUUUCACUGGUUGUGAAGUUUUCCGAUUUCAGCUCUAUACUAACGGUGGUGUAUGCAAACAGGGAAAGAACAAGCUCAGGCAAUGCAAGAGUAGCCCGUGCGAACAUGAAACGGGGAGCCUCCCCAUGCCCUAGCCAUAGGGUUGAGCUUCAAGCUUUCCUGUCUUUCGACUGUGCACCUGUGAUUCCCAUCUACUGUGAAUAAAUGCCUUCGGAUUCUGGACUCGUCGCGUCGCAUGACUACAUUCUGGGAUAUACCUAUGCAUAUUUUGACCUUGCAUUCACGAACUCGCA